CUAGGCCAAUUCCGAUUGUGGGGAUGUAGGCCGGCUAUAUACCACAGAGAGAAUUGCGAGCCCGCAGUUUUUUCAGGUGUAUCAUCGAUAGUGUUUUGUGAGUUAACCCAAGUGAGGAUUACUUGUGGGUCACCGAAUAUAAUAUGAUCAAACAUAUAACUCUCCUCCUGAUGGGGGUCACGGUUAUUCUAGCCCAAAGGAGAUUGGCUCUGCCCGACCCAAGAAGUUGUGCAAACAGAGUACGUCAUUCAACCUAUAGAGACGCCCGGGGAGUCACACAUUCAUAUUUCUUCAGUUGGGAACAUGCCCCCACUAGAAAUCUGGAAGUUGACUGGUUAGACUCCCGAAACAUUUGCAGGAGACAUUGUAUGGACGCAGUCUCUUUGGAAACCCCCCAGGAAAAUGAGUUUGUUAAGCAAAGAAUCAUCAGAGGAAAUGUCAGAUACAUCUGGACCUCCGGAAGAAAAUGUAACUUUGCUGGUUGUGACCGUCCCGAUCUACAACCUCCAAAUAUUAACGGCUGGUUCUGGUCUGGAUCUGGAGCGAAAAUUGGUCCAACCACACAAAGAAACUCCGGAGACUGGAGUGCCACCGGAGGCUACGGACAACCGCAGCCUGAUAACAGAGAAGCAGCUCAGGGCAAUGAUGAAUCCUGUCUUGCUAUUCUGAACAACUUUUACAAUGACGGAACCAAAUGGCAUGACGUCGCCUGCCACCAUCUCAAGCCUUUCGUCUGUGAAGAUAGCGAAGAAUUGUUGAAUUUUGUCGCCUCAAGGAACCCUGGAAUUCGUCUAUAAAAACCAGCUUGCAACUUAAUCAAUUUUAUGUAAACUGCAAAACGUGAACGACUGUAUGAUGGUACUGUAUGUGUUGUACAAAGUCGCUAUGACUUACAAAUUCAAUUCAAUUUGUAGAUUUACAGAUUACUUAAUAGUAUUCAACCUUCUUUGUACCUUAUUGACGAUGAUGAUAGUGUAAAAACGUAGAAAGAUAAAUUUGAAGAUAAGCAAAGUCUUCAUAACACAUAUCAUAUUUUUCAUAAAUUUGAUUUCCGCUGUAAAGCACGCUUUUUGUGCUAACUUCCUUUGCAUGUGAAUAUUGCUUUUGCUUUUCUAUUUCGAAUCUCAAUGAUGUAGUAGUGUAUAUCUAUUUUAUUUUACUUUAAUAAACUUAUUUAUAUUU